AUUAUUUCAUACAUGGUACUACAUACAUGAUAAUAUAAACAUAGCAAACAGAAUACAAUCGAAUCAAUUGACCAUUGUUUCCGCUCCACGUACACGUAAACAAUGCACAUAUUUACCCAAAUUAGAAAGUUAAACAAAAGACAGGGCAUUUACAAAUCGUCAUCAUUAACGCCAGUAUUAGCAGACAUGAGUGAUCUGAAGUUGUUUUGGUCAAAAUAGCUAGUGUCGUUUUGAGGUUAUCGCUUGUCGGUUACUUACUUUAGUCAUUCGAUGUGUACCAGCGUUGCUGCAAACUUGGACAUCGCGCUAUGUGAAAUGAUAUAGAAAUGCGUUUAGUGUCUCUGUGUAUUAUAUUUGUCAUUGUGUUUUGUUUGUGCGAGUGUAAAGACAUGAUCAUUGGCGACACGGUGCACAGGAAAAUGGUCUUUCACCAGAGAGUGAAGGACUUUGCAAUACCCUUCAAGAAGAGGAUUAAAACUUUGUCGUACUCGGAUCCUGAGAAAAGAAUGAUUAAGGGCGUGGCAGCAAUAGACAACGACUUCUCUCAUGCCAGCGCGAACAUAACCGAAGGUGGAGUGGGUUACUCGUACGUCACAGUAAGAAUGAAAAGCCAGAGGCAUCAUCCGCUCAACUUCGAAGUGGAAAUAUAUGUCUAGUCAUAAAAAAUAUUGAUCCACCGGUGCUGUUAGUUAUUCGAUUGUGUGAGAUUCAUCAUAUAGCCGAGAUGCCUCUACGAAAAAAGAAAUAUUCUUUUGCUGGCUAUUUUGUUGGUCUAUGUAAGCGAGAGGUAUGGAAGAAUUAAAAUAUAGGUAAACAGAAGAUAAGACAAUACAAUUCUUGAAACAAACCUUACGUUUCUAAAUCUGCUAGUAUACCAAACUGUAACUAUAAUUUUUAUUAAUAAGAAUCUCAUUUUAAGUGUUAUUCGUCUAUGUAUAUUUUGUAUGAUAUUAAUCUUUAUUAACCUAUACUAAUACUAUAAAUGCGAAAGUUUUGGUAGAAGUUUGUUACUCCAUCACUCCAGAACGGCUGAACGAAAUAUUGGCGCAGGGAUAAAUUUAUAGUCUGAAACAGGACAUAUGAUACUUUUAUUUUGGAAAAACUUUUUCACGCGGACAGAGCCGUGAGCAAAAGUUAGUAUUAAAAUAAAUAACCAAAAAAUAUUCGUAGCAAAUUGGUUUAAUGUAAAAUAGAAUUGUGAAUCCAUUUACAAUUGUAUUUUAGUAGUCAUGCACGACGUAUCUAAGUAUUUCAUUACUUAUAUUGUUCACAUUUCCGUCUGUCCCGAUAUACGUUGCCAAUAACAUUUUAAUAAUAGGUAUGAAAUCAUCCACUGUAUUGUUGCGUUAUGAAUUUUAUUUUAGUUUAAUAUUUACUGAUAAAGUUGGGUGUAUUUUGAAUAAUAUAGACAAACCAAACCAUAUAUUUACGCAUUCAUUUAAUCUCAUGUAUUAGUUAGUGAAAAUUCAUAACAAUUUUUAGUUAAGACGUGUUAUAGAAAAUAUUAAAAGUAGAUCUGUGAUUUUCUUUUAAAAUCGAAAAAAAAUUAAAUGAAGUAAUUUAUAUGAACUUGGAUACCUAAUAUUUAAUUUAUUCGAUGAGGUAAACUUACUAUCGUAUUCACAAACGUUACUUAGUAAAGUACGCAUCAAUGCUAUGAUAAGUCUGAUUAAUAAAGCUUAUAGUAUGACAGUCUUUGAAGUGUAAAGGCAUACGAGGGUAGUCAUUGGCAUGUUGAGACAGAAAUUUAAUUCAGUUGCCUGUCAAAUAAACAAAGCUAAACAAACAUUGAAACAAAAUUAUUUUUCGGGUUUUAUCGUUAAAACCGCGAUAAAAUGCGAAAAAUAUUUUUAUUUCGGUAUCUAAAAUUCGCGUGAACAUGUAAGCUAAACAAAGCCAAAGAUAACUAUGAAAUUGCCGAUACUGUGCGUUCGGUCGCACUGCGAGUCCUCAUAGUAUUGUUUGUGAAUACGGGUAAUAAUUACACUCGCGUCAAUUUAUUGGUACCAUGUUUGAACCUCAAUAAUAUUACCAACAUUCAAACUAUAUCUUAGUAUAUUUUUAGUAGUUGAAGAAUCUAAGUUUAUAUAGUUUACCAUAAAUAAUAGUCACGUAUUGCUAGUAAAAUAUUUACAAAUACAUCAGAUGAUCGUUAACAAUCAGUCUAUGCUAUUACUGAGUAAUAAUUAUUUCGUCUAUCAUUGUUUUUGUUUGAGAAUUGUCCGAGCGAAAUUUUGUAAACAAGCAUUCGUCACGUCUUCAUAUCGCGGGUUGAGAAAAACAAACUUUAACGGAACUGAACUAAAUACAUUUGACACAAAUACACUUUUGGAUAUCCGCGUAGUUUAAUUUUACGACUUAAGUUGAUGUUAAUACAUAAACAAUUGAACUGUUGAAGGAUGUUAACUUUAUGAAAAUUAUAAACAAAAACGCCCAUUUGAUUGAGUAAUACUGCGUAUUACAAUAAAUCUGUAGUGUAUGAAUAAAAUGUCUGAUUGUGAAAUUUAACCUAAGAUAAUUGUAUUACAAGAAAUUGUUAACG